AUGCAGCAUCAUCCCCACCACCAGCAACAGGGUCCUCCGCCUUCGCAGCACCUUCACCAUUCGCGACCGCCGAGCAUCGUCCAUCAGCAUCAGCAGCAGCCGCAGCAUCACCACGCGCAGGGCCACGCGCAACCGCACCAGCACCCGCAGCCGUCAUCGCAGGCUCAGCAUCACCAAAGUGCCAACACCCAGGAUAACCUGGGCUACUAUAACCACCCAAGCCCGUAUAGCACGCCAGGUGCCAACAGCGGAUAUACAUCCGCAGACACAUCCGACAUGAUGGCCGCCGCACAAAUGCCUCGACCCCCCUAUCCUCCCAUGUCAUACCAUACGCCGCAGUCGAACUCGCCAGCCUCGGUCGCGUCGCCCUCGCAACAUGACCAGCACAGGAGCAUAUACGGCCAGCCACCGUCCCAACACCUCCAGCAGUCCAUGUAUUACCAGCCGCAGCCGCACUAUCAGUCGAUGCAGCCUCACCCGUCGGCCUCACCGUACGCACAGCAUGCGCACCAUCCGCAACCGUCCAUGACGUCGCAGCCCAACAUGAUGAUGUCCCACGCGGCGCCGCAGAAUCAGAUGACCCAUCACGCGGCGCAACAACACGCCCAGCAGUCAGGCAUGACGGGGAGCCCGCGGCCCAAGAUUGAGCCUCAGCAGACACAGCAUCAACUCCAGCAAACACAACAUCAACAAACCGCCCCCCCGCUCCAGAGCCCGGGCAACCAGGCUGCGGGCAUCAACCCCAACGCUGCUCCCGGGCCGAUCCCGGCCACGACGCCGCUGGUGGUCCGACAAGACGGCAACGGCGUGCAGUGGAUCGCCUUUGAAUACUCUCGCGACAGGGUCAAGAUGGAGUACACCAUCCGCUGCGAUGUCGAAUCCGUCAACACGGAUGAGCUCUCGCCCGAGUUCAAGCAAGAAAACUGCGUGUAUCCCCGAGCAUGCUGCGCCAAGGACCAGUACCGGGGCAAUCGUCUGAUGUACGAGACGGACUGCAACCGCGUCGGGUGGGCCCUGGCGCAACUCAACCCGCCACUGCGUGGCAAGCGCGGCCUGAUUCAAAGGGCAGUGGAUAGCUGGCGUAAUAGCAACCAGGACCCCCGCCUUCGAAGCCGACGAGUUCGACGCAUGGCCAAGAUGAAUAACCGCAAGCACGUCCAGGGUACGCCCACGCCACACCCCGGCGCCGCCCAUAUGCCGGGCCCCGGCGGGCCGGCAGGGCUGUCAGCCGGUGGCCCCAUGGGGCCGGGCGGCGCACCGGCCAUGGGGAAGCCGGGCCUGGGCAACAUGGGGCAAGCAAUGCAUCAUCAUGCCGGGGGUCACGCCGAUGGAGGCGCCCCCGGUGGAGGAGACGAAGUCGGUACCGGUAAUUCGUACGAAGAACAACACCAUCAUCAAGCUCCGACUGCUCCGGGACAUCCAGGUGGUGACGAUGUAAGACAAGCCCACGUCUUCGCAGGUCGAUCUCACGCCGACGAGCCCGACGGCCUGUUCCCCGACAUUCCCGAGGCGAAGAAGCGCAAGUUCAUCCUCGUUGAGGAUAGCGUGCGUGGCUCGCGGCUCCGUGUCCGCGUCACGCUGGAUGGCGUCGACACCAACGAAAUCCCGGAUAGCUUCCGGAAGGGGGCCAGCGUGUACCCCCGCAGCUACUUUCCGCGAGAGAUGCAGAGCCCGCCCCCGAGUGCCACGGGCUCGCGGUUCUUCGCCGAGGACCUGUCCGACGACGGGAUCCAAGAGACAGAGGGCCGGGAUGUCAGCCACCACCGUGCACCGAAGCCGAUUGGAGAGGUGGUCAAAGUCACCAUGGCCGAGGGACAAGACGGCGAAGCCACCAUUCCGAGAACGAGGAACUCGCGGAGAGGGAAGGAGGUCAGACUCAACGACCUGGCCUACCGAAUGGCGUGGCUUCAGAGCCGGGUGUUUGCCGGAAGGACGGUAUUUCUUCAACGAGCCCUGGACUGCUACCGCAACAAGACGCGGGCGGCCAUCGAAGGCACCAUGCAGGACGUGGCGGCCGUUGCGCCCUACUACGAAACGCGAGCCGGGAAGCGAAAGUGGAACGAUCGGAGGAAGCGAGGUGAAGAGAGCGAUGACUGA